AAUAUAAAGAGAGAAGACACGGGGAAUAAAAGAAAAACGUACGCCAAACGGAUUCCUGGGGUUGUGCCUAUUUUCCCUGUAAAUUGUUUGUUUCAAAAUUAGCCCUUUUUCUUUUAAUUUUACAUUCAACUGUCUCUCUUCUUCUUCUCUCUCCUAACUCUGUGCGAUAACUGAGAAAGAGAGGAGAGAGAAAGAGAGAGAGAGAAUCAUCCAUCGAAGAAGAUGGUGUUCUACUUCAAGGCCCGACCCGAAGCUGGGGAUUACACUAUCUUCAUGGGUCUUGAUAAGUUCGAGAAUGAAGAACUCAUCAAAUACGGCUUUCCUGAAGACAUUUGGUUCCAUGUGGACAAAAUGUCUUCGGCCCAUGUCUAUGUUAGAUUGCAUAGAGGUCAGUCAAUGGAUAGCAUAUCGGAAGGUCUGUUAGAGGACUGUGCUCAGCUUGUGAAAGCAAAUUCCAUCCAAGGCAAUAAGGUGAAUAACAUUGAUGUUGUUUACACUCCCUGGGCCAACUUGAAGAAAACUGCUUCCAUGGAUGUUGGCCAAGUUGGUUUCCAUAACUCAAAAAUGGUCCGCACUGUUCGUGUAGAAAAGAGAAUAAAUGAGGUCGUUAAUAGGCUGAACCGAACAAAGGUGGAAAGGACACCAGAUUUUAAAGCUGAGCGUGAAGCAUAUGGUGCUGCUGAAAAGGCAGAAAGAAAGGCUCUGCUGAGAGAAAAGAAACGUCGAGAGGAAAUGGAUAGGCUAGAGAAAGAGAGGGUAGCAGAGAUGCGAAGCUACAAGAAUUUGAUGGUAUCUGACAAGAUGACGUCUAACAAACAGAUAGCUUCAGGUGAGAAAUCCUUGCAAGAGCUAGAGGAGGAUUUCAUGUGAAGUGAUCCAAGAUUCUUCUGUUCUAUGAAAAUAUAGCGGCAAAGUUCUGCAUUUUAAUUGUGAGCUUGUACACAUGUCACUUGGUCUUGCUGCUUCUCAAUUGUGUGGGUUGGUCGAAUCGCAUCUACCUUUUUCUGAUCACAGUCUAUUGAAGACCUAAUCAUGUAACUCUAUUGUGAUGAUCAUGAAAAGGCUGCAUUGUAUAGGAGGAUAGAAAGAAUGAUGAUGUACCUUGAGAGUCUCAUCAUGGUUUCCCUCUUGUUCAUGACAGCAUUAAUCUUGCUAAAAGAUUAUAUGUGAUGCAUUUGAUUUUGGUUUGUGUGUUAUUUGGAAAUGCUUUAUUAAGCUCAUUAACUAGGGUAUUUGAUAGCCUUUGUAUCUUGAGA